UGAUAAAAUUAAUGUAAAUUUGCAUUACCGAACAGCCUGAGUUUGUUUUUCAAAAAUCAGAGCCCGCUUUCCAAAUUAACAGAUACGUUACUGCAUUGAUAGAUUGGAACGGGAAUCCUGGGAGCGGAAGUAAGGCGUCUGCUGCAGUGGUCAAUUACUCGGUUUCUGCGUUUCUGUCGCGACAAGCAGACAAGAAUACGUGUAAAAAUGUUGGGCCAAAUCCUGCGACCAGUAGGAAGAAACGUUCUUCGCAGCGGAUCUCGUUCUUACCAUCCGCCAGCUGAAUUCAAGCAAACAACGCUUAAUGACUUGCCGGUACCUCAAGGCUCGUGGCAGACCCAAUACGACGCUAAUCAGAGAAAAUAUAACUUGCAUCUUAUAUUUGGUGUUGGUUUCACGAUUGGAAGCAUUGCAUUUGCCAAAUAUUCCGGUCUUAUCUACCUGAAUGCCUAUCCCCCAACCCCCAAAGAGUGAAACAAAUGUGUUGGCUGUAAUUAGUAGACUGUGAACUGUUAAGUAAUGUAUUACCUCGAAUAUACUGUUGUAAACUUGCGGGAAUUUCUGUAACAUUCUGUAUUCUCGAAUAAAAGGAAAAUUUGAAAUAGGUA